AAGCACAAAACAAUCUUCAUCUCUCUACUCUCUCUUCUCGAUGGCGAUCAACUGUAAUUUAGUGAGUGUUAUAGGGCUACUUCUGGUACUGACACUGCUCCAAAACCCGGUCACUGUCGCCGGACAAAGAAACUCGGGGGCGGCCUUGUUCACGUUCGGUGACUCCAACUUCGACGCUGGAAACAAACAGACUCUCACCAAAACUAGUGUUGCACAAGGUUUCUGGCCGUAUGGAAAAUCUCGAGAUGAUCCCAACGGCAAAUUCUCCGACGGUUUCAUUGCUCCGGACUUCCUCGCAAAAUUCAUGGGGAUUCCGAUCGAGAUUCCACCUGCACUUGUACCGAACGUCAAUGUCUCACGUGGAGCUAGUUUUGCGGUCGCUGAUGCUACUCUCCUCGGAGCUCCGGUGGAAUCUCUGACUUUGAGUCAACAAGUGAGGAAAUUCAAUCAAAUGAAAGCAAACUGGAAUGAUGACUUCAUCAAGAAGUCCGCGUUUUUGAUAUACAUUGGUGCAAAUGAUUACUUGAAUUUCUCCAAGAACAACCCUAACGCCGAUGCAUCUGCCCAACAAGCUUUUGUCACUUCCGUGACCAACAAGUUAAAGAACGAUAUUAGCUUGCUAUAUUCAUCAGGAGCUAGUAAGUUCAUUAUUCAAACCCUAGCACCACUGGGUUGCUUACCAAUCGUCAGACAAGAAUACAAAACCGGGAUGGAAAAAUGCCAUGAACCUCUCAACGAUUUGGCUAAACAACAUAAUGAAAAAAUCGGACCAAUGUUGAACGAGAUGGCUAAAUCCGCUCAAGGUUUUCAAUUCACCGUCUUCGAUUUCUAUGAUGCUAUUAUUCGUAGGACGCAGAAACCCUCCAGCUACCGGCUUUUCAUGACGAACGCAUCGUGUUGCGGAAUUGGGACACACGAUGCUUUUGGUUGCGGUUUACCUAACGUGCAUGUGAGGCUAUGCGAGUACCAACGAUCUUACUUAUUCUUUGAUGGGCGUCACAAUACCGAGAAGGCACAAGAGAUGUUUGCUCAUCUUCUUAUUGGAGCCGAUAAAAAUGUGAUCCAGCCAAUGAACGUCCGUGAGCUCGUAGUUUACCCAGUCGAUGAAAAUAUGACUGAGGAAUGGGUGCCUACAACGCCAGCCACUGUCCAGGCCAGGGACUCUAGGUCAUCUAGCCAUGGUUACGAGUCCUACUGAGUCAGUGCAAAUCAAUCUCUUGUAGUCAAUCUGGUUUUCCCAAGGGUCGCGAGUUAACUAUAUCAUGAUGUUUUAGUACUGUGCAAUGUUUCUUUUCAUCUAUAAUAAAAGAUUGAUCUUUUCAAUUCAUAUUAUGUAUUGGAUUGAUUCGAAAGUCUAUCAAGGUUCCGCUCG